CUUUUAACUUCUACAUUGAAAUAAGAAUAUUAUAUAAUGUAUUACAAAAUUUUGUCACAGAUCUAUAAUUUUUGUAUAAUUUGUAAGGUCUUCUCUUCAGUAAUUACUUAGUUAGGCUGUUAUUUAUGAUAAUUAUCUCAGUACUAUAUUACUUUCAUUAUAUCUUGUUAUAUUAUAGCUUCAUUUUAUCUUGCGAAAGAAAAUUAUUGAAACUUAAUUAAAGUUUAUGCUAGGUCUUAUAUUAUUUAUCAAAAAUAAAAUAAACUUAAUGUUUGUAAAACCUUCUGUAGAUUACAUAUAGGUCCUAAAAUGAAUGAAAUUAUUUUUAAAAACCUAAACUUUACUUAUCUCAGAAUAACUAGAACGCCAAAAAUGAAAGCCUUUAAAUUAUUCAGCUCUAGUCACAAAGAACUUUUAAUUUCAAAUGAUAAAAAAUAUCGUAAGUUUGAUGGUCCUGGUCUUGAAUAUUUUUUAACUAAAAAUAUUCCAACUAAUUUACAAACUAUUGAAAAUAAUGAAAAAAUUCCUUAUGUUGACUUUGUUAACACUGGAGAAAAUCGUAAAGUUUAUAUUGAAACAUAUGGAUGUCAAAUGAAUGUUAGUGAUGCUGAGAUAGUAUGGUCUAUUUUGAAAAGUGAUGGCUAUAUAAAAACAAACAAUAUAAAUGAUGCUAAUAUUGCAUUACUUAUUACAUGUGCUAUAAGAGAUAGUGCUGAAAAUAAAAUAUGGACGAGGAUUAGACAAAUUAGGUCAAUAAAACGUUGGAGAAGUAAAUUUGAACCAUUAAAGAUUGGAAUUUUAGGUUGUAUGGCUGAAAGAUUAAAAGAAAAAUUAGUUAAUUCAAUUAAAGGUGGGGUUGAUCUAGUAGCAGGUCCAGAUAGUUAUAGAGAUUUACCUAGACUUUUAGCAAAAACUGAAGUUGGUCAAAAAGCUGUCAAUGUUUUACUUUCUGUUGAUGAAACUUAUGCAGAAAUCAAACCAAUAAAAUUAAAUGAUGAUAAAACUACUGCAUAUGUAUCAAUUAUGAGAGGUUGUGAUAAUAUGUGUUCUUACUGCAUUGUUCCUUUUACAAGAGGUCGCGAACGUUCUAGAUCUGUAACAUCAAUUUUAGAUGAAAUAAAAUAUUUAUCAGAUAGUGGAUUUAAAGAGGUUACGCUAUUAGGUCAAAAUGUUAAUAGUUACCGUGAUUUAAGUUCAUCUUCAUAUUUCAUACCAUCUAAUGAUACAUUGGUACAAGGUUUUAAAACAGUUUACAAACAAAAAAAUGGUGGUGUACGUUUUGCUGAACUUUUAGAUAAAGUAUCAAAUGUUGAUCCUGAAAUGAGGAUCAGAUUUACUUCACCUCAUCCUAAAGAUUUUCCUGAUGAAGUCUUACAAGUUAUUUCAGAAAAAUAUAAUGUAUGCAAAAAUCUUCAUUUACCUGCUCAAUGUGGGAAUUCUGAAAUUUUAGAACGUAUGAGAAGAGGAUAUACUCGUGAAACUUAUUUUGAUUUAGCUCAACACAUCAGGUCUUGUAUACCUACUGUAACAUUUUCAAGUGAUUUUAUUGCUGGAUUUUGUGGUGAAACUGAUGAACAAUUUAAUGAUACCAUAAGUUUAAUGAAAAAUGUAAAAUAUCAUAAUGCAUUUUUAUUUGCAUACAGUAUGAGAGAAAAAACAACAGCUUAUCACCGCUAUAAAGAUGAUGUUCCCUAUCAUACUAAAAUUGAAAGAGUAAAAACUAUGUUUAAUGUAUUUAGAGAACAUGUUACUAUAUUAAAUUCUCAUUUUGUUGGAACAAAACAAUUGAUAUUGAUUGAAGGUGAAAGCCGUAGAGGUCCAACUAAUCUUUGUGGGCGGACUGAUGGUAAUAUUAAAGUAGUAAUUCCUAAUACAAAGUUAUUAAAGAAAGGUCAAUCAAAUCUUCAAUCAAUAAAACCUGGUGAUUAUGUUGUUGUGGAGUAUUUUUUAGGUGACAGAAUCAAAUUCACAAAUUUUAAAAGGAUAUCCUAUAGAAAUUACCAGGCUUCAAGAUUAUUCAUCAGAAAAAUCAAAAGCAUAAAUUUGAUUGAAAAACAAUAUUGAUAUAUUUUAUGUCAUUUUUACUAUAAAAUGUUAGUAAAUUUGUUCAAUUUAAGUG